CGUGAAUUUCGUGUUCGUGAGGAAAUUUACGUCUUGGUCUUGUGGAUAUAUCGUGCCGGUUUAUAAUUAGUUCUAAUAUUGGCUAUUGAUUUUGUUCAUAAAUAAACCUUCGGAUUCAGAAACAAACCUCAUACCGUGGGAACAAUGGCAGACAAUAUUGAACCUAAGCCUAAGAAUGAGGCUGCAACUCCUGAGAAAGAUGUUGAGAGGUGCGAGACGUCCCCGCCGCCUCCGCCGACGCCGCCAGCCGCUGAAGAGGACACUCAAGAGAUCAUAGUCGUGAAUGAGCUCACUAAGGAACUCGAUUUGAACCAUGGCAGGAUUGGGAAAAUUGAAAAUCUUGAGGACUUGAGACGGUUAGAAAGGCUAUACCUCCGUUGGAACCUCAUAAAAAAGAUAGAAGGGCUCGCCAACUUGACCACACUGGUGGAGCUGGAGCUGUAUGACAACCAGAUCACUGUCAUGGAGAACAUGGAGACACUUGUCAACCUCGAAUUACUAGACUUAUCCUUCAACCGCAUCAAAGAGAUCCAAGGCCUGGACAACCUCACAAAGCUGACCAAGCUCUACCUCAGUUCUAACAAGAUCACGGAGAUCAAGAAUGUGAACCACCUCACGCGGCUGGAGAUGUUGGAGCUCGGAGACAAUCGGAUCAGGGAAAUAAAAAACCUCGACGGCCUAGUCAACCUUCGACAACUCUACCUCGGCAAAAACAAAAUCACCAAAAUCCAGGGCUUAGAAUCCUUCGCCGAGCUCUCGAUCCUCGUCCUCCAAAGCAACCGCAUCACCAAAAUGGAGAAUCUGGAGCCGCUGGUGAACCUCGACCAGCUGUAUUUGUCGGAGAACGGGAUUGAGAAGAUUGAGGGGUUGGAGAAUUUGAGUAAUCUACAGACGUUGGACUUGGCGCAGAAUAGAUUAACAUCGAUUGAUAACUUGACGCAUAUGAUUGAGUUGGAAGAGUUGUGGCUAAACGACAAUCAGAUCAGCGAUUGGGCAGACGUGGAACGCCUCCGGCCCAACGACAAACUAAUCACGAUAUACUUGGAGCGCAACCCCGUGGCCUCGGACCCUGCCUACCGACGCAAGCUGAAACUGAUUAUUCCCAGCCUGCACCAGAUCGACGCGACCUUGUGUAGAUAAGCAUUAACUAUCCAAGUAACCCCAAUCAUUAUAUACUUGGAGCGCAACCCCGUGGCCUCAGACCCUGCCUACCGACGCAAGUUGAAGCUAUCAUCCCCGGCCUGUGUGUGUGACUCCACCGUGUGUAGAUAAGUGUAUUAGCCAAUGUAACCCCAAUAUACUUGGACCGCAACCCCGUGGCUUCCGAGUCUUCCGACCCUGCCUUCCCACGUAACUGAAGCUAAUCAUACCCAGCCUACAGCAGAUCGAGGGCGCUCUGUAGUAUAAGUGUAUUAGCCAAGUAACUCCAACAUACUUGAAGCGCAACCCGAUGGCUUCUAACCCUACCGUUGCAAGCUGAAUCUCAUAAAACCCAGUUUAUGUGUAGAUAAGCGACAAGCGUGUACUGGCCCAAUCACGAUAUACAGGGUGUACAGUGGAAAAUUUCCGAUUUCAAAUCCAUAUAAUUUUCGAACGCGUAGUGCCAGGGAGACGCAGGGGUUUUCUUUAGUUUACAUAUUUAUAGUUACAUUUUUCUCUGUAUUCGUAGUGUAAGACGUUAUUACUAGCCGUCACUAAACGGGUGUAUCAUUUUCCACGUUAAUGUAGAAGCUUGAUUUUUUCACAGCUUCAAGGGACUGUAGACCUGAGGAUAUAGUUUUAAUUUAAAUUCGAUACCUCUACGCAUUCCUGUCUGUCAAGACCCUUUAUCUCAACACAGACAGGCAGACGGACUGGCUGGCUGGACGGUUUCUUUUUUGGCACGGAACCCUAAAAACUGCUUUUGUUUCAGUACUGCAAGAUCCCAACAUUGCUUUUUGAAUUUCAAAACAAGAAAUUAAAAUCAGAAUCUCCUAGUCAACUAAACUAAUUGAAAGCUCGGUAGAAAAUGUGAGUUGCAAAAAAUUAAAUCCGCAUUCUUCUUUUUUU